UUUUUACAUUUUGUUGUAAUUUUUUUACGAUUUUUCUCAAUCCGGGACGAAACCUGUUCAUUUUUCAACAGAUGCACAACAGAAAUUCUUCAGAAAUGUUCGUUUUUAGACCAAAAGGCGUUUUUGCGCAAUAUUACGCCAUUAUUUGUGCGAAUUUAAUGACACUUUUGUACGGAAUAGCAGCUGGAUGGGCCUCAAACAGUCUCCGAAUCCUCCAAUCAACCGACACACCAUUGACUUCGGGACCAUUAACGCUGUGGGAAUCAUCAUGGGUCGGCUCGAUAUUGUGUGUAGGAGGCGCAAUUGGUCAAAUUUUCUUCAGUUUCAUGGCGGAUCGUUACGGAAGGAAGCCUGGAUUGGCAAUUUCGUUCGUUCCAGUUGUCGUUAGUUGGUUACUCAUCGUUUUUGGACAAGAAUUUUAUGCACUUUUCGUUUCCCGCUUCCUUAGUGGCUUCAUCGGAGGUGCCGCUUAUCAGAUUUUGCCAUUGCUUGUGAGUGAAGUGUCAAAUGUGGAGAUUCGGGGGAUACUGGGAUCGUUUUUGCUGCUCUUUACCAACUUAGGGAUUUUACUGGGAUACAUUUUUUGUGCAUUUUUACCUUAUCGGAUAGUGCCAUGGGUAGCAAUUGGCAUCAGUUGUGCCUUUUUAGUUGGAUUUUCGAUAGUUCCGGAGACACCAAAGUACCUCAUGAUGAAGGGAGGCACAGAAAAUGACGAAAAAUUGAAGAAUUCUGUUGAAUUUUUCAGUGGAAAACCUUUUGUGAAGGAAAUUACCGUACAAAGAUCGAACGAAGAGCCAUCAAGUAUCAAAUUAAAGUCACUUUUUGACGUUUCAACACGAAAUGCCUUCAGACUUUCGCUCCUACUGAUGUCCUGUUGUUGUUUCAGCGGCGUUUUCACCGUCCUGCAAUACACGGAGACGAUUUUUUCCGAAGCGGGAUCCAAUUUAUCGCCAUCCACGUCGAGCAUAAUAGUGGCCGUCAUCCAAUUAGCAGGUUCGUACUUUGCCACAAUCGUUGUUGAGCGUGCUGGACGUCGUAUUUUGCUCCUUGCCUCAUCUUAUGGGUCUGCGAUCUGUCUCGGCGUGAUGGGCGCUCAUUCGUUCCUCAAAGAAAAUGACUUUGAUGUGUCGUCAUUUGCGUGGUUGCCACUUUUGUGUCUCUCGUUGCUGCUUUUUAUCGCUGCAAAUGGCGCUACAACGGUUUCUUUCAUCGUAAUUGGCGAAGUUUUCGCGCAAAAUGUUCGAGGAUUGGCAAUUUCUUUGUGUCUCCUGUACCAAUGGAUGCUGGCAUUUGUACUUGUACUCGUUUUUCCGUUCCUAAUUCAAUAUUUACAGAUGUCGGGAGCAUUGUGGGUCUUCACGGCAAUCGGAACUGUGAUAGCAUCGAUAUUAGUUUUUAUUCUUCCCGAGACAAAAGGACGCACAAUUGAUGAAAUUGUCGAUAUUCUUGGGAAAAAUCGAGAAAAAACGGAAAUUUUAGCAAAAAGUUGUUCUACAGAAGUUAGUACCAAGCUGUAGUAAGAGAAAUGCAUUCUAAUAAACAUUCAUUUAUUUACAAAAUAACAAUUUUUAGUGUCCUUGGCCCACUGACAUACUUUUCGCGUGCCUUACAAGCGCAUUAUUCACUCAACGUACGACGUACAACGCGCAUUGAGCUUACUAUGCAACUCG